CUACUGAGUUUUGAAACACACCUAUCAAAACCAAAAAAAAUAAAUCAAAAUGUAUAGAUCCGCGAGCUGGAACCGAGUGCCAGAAGACUACUCAUCCGCACCGCCUAAGGGAUUGUGGAUGGGCUCAGUGAUCGGUCCCCUUGACGAGAACGAACUACCUUCCUACAAUAAUCCACCAGAGGAGAUGGUUAAGAAGGAGAAGUCACGUGCCAAAUUCGCAGAAAACGCUAUUCACAUCAUACCUUUUGUUCUCCUUGCAUGCGCUCUCGUACUUUGGCUCUUCUCAAAUCCAGAUGUGGAUGUUGGGAUGAGAGAAGAAUCUAUUGCAGCUAAGAUUGAAGGAUUGACAAUCGAAGGAGACAUCGACAACGACAGUGAUGGAACUCAGACCGGUUUCUUGGGUGCAACCUUAGAACUCGGAGAUCCUGACAAACCAAACCUCACAGAUAGGACCAGACGAGCUUCAAGGAAAUUGAUCAAAGGUUUUUACUAGUUAACCAAACCAUUUUCUUUUUCUUUUUCCCAAUGAAUGUUGAUUUUAAUC